AUUCAUUUUCGCCAUAGGGGUGGCUGAACGAAGAGGUAACUCAUUUCCGGGGUGUAGAACUAGAAAAGAAGGGUAAUGGCUAGAAUGGAUGAAGUUUUUGUCAGAUUUGACUUUUUGAAGCAGGUUUAGGAGAAUUGAUGCAGCUGACACAGCAGGUUAGGAGAAUUGACGCAGCAGGUUAGUAGUGACAGGUUAUGAGAAGUAGGAAAAGAUUAGGAAAGGAGUUAGGGUUAGCUAAAAUGCAAAACAAAUUAUGCUUAUGACCUGAAUUUGACAAAAGCUGGAUCCCAUCUAGGCAUGACCGAAAAGGGAACACUCGCAAGUCAUCUAUCUCGUCACCUCGAAGUGACUAUGUCCUGUGACAACCAGCAAGGAGACCAGUUGGACUUGAAGGAGAGAAUAUGUACCUUUUUAAAGGUGAAGAAACAAGGAUCCACUGCCCUCCAGAUAGCGAAGGCUGUUGGACUAAAGAAGGCCAAGGAUGUAAACAGUGUCCUGUACGCUUUAAACAAAGCUGGACUUCUUUAUGUAACACCAGACAUUCCACCAGUCUGGUCUGUGGAGAAACCAGGGGUGGCGUCUGUCUCUGUGAGUGUUCCAGAGUCAGAUCGAGUGCCUAGUCCUUCUGAGACCCCUGGCAUCACAGAGGAGGAACUGAGGAGGGUGCUGACGUCAAAGAGUGAUGGAAGAGGGAUGAGUGUGCAACAAAUUGCCAGAGAAUUGGGCCAAUCAAGAAAAUGUGUGAAUAAGCAUCUUUAUGACUUGCAAAGUAGCGGCAAGGCAGAAAAGUUGGGAGAGAAAUUGUGGAAAAUUAAGGAUGAAGCAAGCGGGGGAGGAGAGCUUAUUAAUUACAAGAGUUAUGAUCAAGAUAUUUCCAUCAGACUGACUGAAAGCUCCAGGUUUUCCGAAGAUUUCAAAUUAUUGAGUGUUCUGGGUGCAGGAGGCUUUGGGUGUGUCACUAAAGCCCAACACAAAUUGGAUGGAAAAACGUACGCCGUGAAGAUUGUGCAGAAUAUGGGAGAAGCAAAUCGUGAAGUGAAAGCACUGGCUACCUUGGAACAUUCUAACAUUGUUCGCUACUAUACGACUUGGCCUGAGUAUGCCAAUUGGGUCGAUGGAGACUACAGCACAGAGUCGUCGGUCCAGUCUAGAAUCUCAGAAGAUUCUGACAAUUAUUCAGACCAGGGAGAUGGAUCUACACAUGUAACAAAUCAAUCAGAUUUAGACCUGUCUGAAACAGACAGCGAAGAUCAAGCAAACCACUCAAUGACUGAUUCCAGCUCAAGAAAUGGGGACUGGCCUUGUUUGUUCAUUCAGAUGGAGUUCUGUGAGGGAGGGACACUGAAGGACUGGAUCAACAUAAAUGAGGGUAGAAGCAAGGACGAGGCACUUGGAAUAUUUCAGCAAAUGGUUUGUGGAGUGGAAUACAUCCACUCUGAAGGACUUAUUCACAGAGACUUAAAGCCAGAGAACAUAUUGUUUGGAAGUGAUGGCAUUGUGAAGAUCGGAGACUUUGGUCUUGUGACCACAAUCACCACUCUGGGUGAAGCAUCAAUGUACAGGACUGUCAACAAAGGAACACCAUUUUACAUGAGCCCUGAGCAGGAGACUGGGGGGAAAUAUGAUGAGAAAACGGAUAUAUUCUCUCUGGGACUGAUAUUGUUUGAACUCCUGUGGUUCAUGUCCACUGUCUCAGAGAAGAGCAAGGUGUUCCAGAGCCUGCGGACACAGACAUUUCCUUCUGACUUCCGUGAGAAGUUUAUCUUAGAGCAUAAACUCAUCAGUAAAAUGCUGUCGCAGUCGCCUGCAAACCGACAAAAUGCCAAAGAGAUUGCUACGAUCCUGAAAAAGUACCUGCUCGGAAACCAAACUGGAUUACAACAGAAAACUGUAUGAAAUGUUGUAGGGUAGAGUGGCUUGAAAUGCUUUGGGAAAACAGUGAUGUCAGCAUAGACACACGUUCUAUUCAAGACGGCGCAUAGUGAUGUCAUGCCUCAACUGAGGCGGUAACCAUACUGUAUUUCUCAGGAAUGUUUUAGCACUUAUCUUUUCACUUUUGUUUCUGCUGUACGGUUUCUCAAAUGUGAUAACUUUUUAAAAGUUGGUGAUUUACAUGGAAAAGAGGGUAAAUGUUAAUAUUAUAUGUAGGAAAAAUGUUUGGGUCCACCACACAAUUCUAAUGCUGAACCCAAGGUGUACUUAUUUUAUUUUUUAAACCUUUAUUUAACCAGUUAAGACCCAUUUUUAAGUUUUAAAAAACUAUUUUCAAGGGCGACCUGGCAAGAGUGCUAAACAGGGAAAUAGAAGCCGUGUCCAUAAAAUAUUACAGAAAAAUACCAAAUGAACACAAAAGACAAAGUGUCACAAGUUAAAGAUACAAUUGAAGAUUAGAAACAACUGUAGUUGUCACAAACAGUGUUGUCGAUCAGAGUCUUAAAAACAGACAAGGACACUAACUCCCCUAACUUUACGAUCUUCUGAAGCAUGUUCCAGGAUGAAGGGGCAUUAUGGGACAAAUAUUUUUAUUUUUUUCACCUUUAUUUAACCAGGUAGGCAAGUUGAGAACAAAUUCUCAUUUACAAUUGCGACCUGGCCAAGAUAAAGCAAAGCAGUUC